AAUCCAUUGUUUCGAAGGUUAUUUCGCCGCUCGUCGAAGUUCAGUCCAUUUCGCCACUUGUUUCUCUUGGAGUGUGGAUGUGUCGCGUUGACUCGUCGGUUCUGAAUUGUUUGAGCUUCGCUGCACGAGUUCAACUUCAGCUAUUGGUGUGUUUACAGGGAAGUGAUCAGCGCUUGAAAUCGGGAAAAACGAUCCUAGGAACCGCGAUCUGCGAACCAUGGAUGCACGACUGAUUUCAAGGUAACAGUAGUGGUACAGGGAGCUUCAAUUGCAGUGGUGGAACCAGUGGUGGAGGACCUGUAGGUGGUCCACCUUUCGAUCAAAACUCUGGGGGACCAUUUGGUGGCGGAACACCCAUUUCUAUGCUCCAGCUACCACCAUCAGCUCAUGCAGAGCUCAAUGCUCAUCUAACGUCACCGGGAUCAUCAGGUGCAAGUUUUACAUUGGAUGGGGGUUGUGCCUCUGAGGCUGGGGAAGGUGCUGAACAUGCAGAAGGGGAAGUGGGGUGGGUAUGCAAGUCAUGUCGACUGGUGUUCCCUUCACCCAACCUGCUGGCUGGCCAUCAACGAGUCCUUGACCACUCCCAGGGUGUCCUUCGACUAACUCAACUCCUGUAUGCUUGCACUUCAUGCCGACAGCACUCUGCUACCCUUUCGGAGUACAGACGUCAUUUAGAUGGAGAACAACAUCGUGCUGCCCUUAGAUCAAAUAUUGCAACUUCCACAACUACCACCACAUCUUGUGCCACUGCCACCUCAGCCUCCACUCCUGUGGUAGAAGAUGCUGAAGUUGCUGCUGUGGUGCGCCAAAUAACAGCUUUGGCUCAGGUGGCUCAUCCAGGUACUGAUACUAAUGCCAAUAUCAACAAGGACCGUACCCUCCACCUCUACUCCAGGUCCUCAAGCAGCCCCUAGUCAGUAGUAGCAUCAUCAUGAUGACUGAUGCCUCUCUGAUGGGUUAAGGCACUGAACCUUAAACCUCUACAAAGGGUAAGGUUGCCUUACCUUCUCCUCGCAGGCCGGGCCUCUGUGCCCUGCCCACUUAACGCCUCGCAGUAAAUGCGUCCCGAGUGACGCCCUGACAAACUGUGCGCUGUGUCGUUUGUUGCUGUGGCCUCGCCAUCCCUGUGUCCGCCUAGACGUCGUCGUGUUUUAGUACCGGCCACAAAGGCACUGCGCGCCUCCUCCCCUCCCCAUCCAUGGUCGCACGCUCACCCUGCCACCUCCUCAAGCCCAUUUGGUCAUCAUUCACAUCAUGGUAUAACUACGGAAAUUCUGACAUAUCUCAAGAUUACACUGACUUCAAACAAUCCCCAAUGAAAGGAAGAUGCAACUGUUCUUACUGCUACUACUACCCUACUACUGUUACUCUGUUAUGGCUGUUGAUGCUGCUGCUUAUAUUAUACAUGUGUAUUGGGCGUAUAUGCGAGGGUAUGGAGGUGGUUGGGCAGUAGCGAACGGGCGUGGGUGUGGAUUCACUGACUGAUACAAUCACUAUAAUUGAUCGUGUGGGUAAUGGUUCCUACGUAGGUUUACCGUGGCCAGUACUAUGUUCCUGUAGCAGUAGUAUGAGAAAACCUACCAUGACCUGGCAGACCAUAAAGUAAGAAAAAUAAAGGUAGCCAGGUCAUGGACAUGCAUUUUUUCCUAUUUAAGUUACCUCUCUCGUCCAUUUAUAAAGAUGGUACGGGAGGCUUCUCAGUUCCUCGCCUCCUCCUUCUGCCCUUGAGAGAGAAAGAGGGGGAGGCACUGAAGCAGAGAAUCUCUCUCACACACUCUCUCACUCUCACUCACUUGAUAAAGGUGAUAAAAUUCCUGAAACCUUAGGCUAAGGUAACCUCGCAAGAAUAUACUUUAAAAUAUCUCCCCCAGACAUCUGCACACCACUAGUCUCUUUGUCUCUCCCUCAUUCUGUCUGUCUUAUAAAACAUUUGGGAUAGUGUUCAUCAAGUGUAUGUUUUAAGGACACUUAAGAACAAAAAAGAAAUGGUUUUAAACUUUUGAAAUGUUCAGAUCUCCGAUGUAACUCAACUACAAGCAAAGCCGUCAGUUUUUAUGAUAUAGCGAACUUGAAGAGAAUUUUAUUACUAGCUCAGAACUAUUUCUAAGUUAACAGCCUGUCAUUUGCAUAUUGAUGGUGUCAGCAUGUAAUAUAUAUUUACAUAAAUACACCAAAUAUAUAUGAAUAUAUGUAACUCUGGGAUUAGUCCUUGAAUCUGGUGAAGUUAAUUUGAAAAAUUACGAAUACUGAAGAAUUAUGUGUAGUGGUCAGUUUACUAAAUUGAAAAUACUGACUUUCUAUUCUUGUCAUUAUUGAACGGCUAUUGGCAGAAAGAAUUAGGAGAGGGUAAUAGAUAGAGGAUGGUAAAUUGAGAAAAAGGAGAGUAGUAGAUUAUUCUACAUCCUAUGGCUGGCACCUUGGUACUACCUCUUUCCACUUUUGGUCAUCAAAAAAUAUAGAGGUAAUUGCUCAUUACAAGUUCGGAGUUCCAUCAUGAAAUCUUAAUAUUAUAGUAAUCAUUGAUGAUUGGCUGAUUAUAUGAUAACUUGUUGAUAGUUUUUGGCUGCAUAUUAUAAAAGCUUAUGCAUGAAGUACGUUGGGCACAAAGUUAAGUUUAUUGUUUUAUUAUGGAUUACAGUAAGUAAAAAGAAGAAAGAGUUAGGUUGUAUGGACAUGAGGAAUCAUGAUUUGAUUAAAACCCAAAGUUAGCAUUGUACCAAGGUACCAUCCAGAUUAACUAUGGUACUAUGAGUGUGCUAUUGCUUGUAAAGGAUAGUGGAAGACCUAAAGUUCAUUUUUGGGAAAUGGCACUAACUGCUUGUAAUCGAUGGCUUUUCAUAUACCAAACUACCUCUUGAUUGUUAAAGCAUCUAUUUACAUCGGUUCCAUAGUUCCUAAUCUUAUGGUUGUGAUGUGAUCAACAGUUGUUAUAGUCACUAUAAAGCUAGGGUUUGACAGAUCUAGCUCAUUAUAAUCUUAACACUUGAAAAGGGUUUGCAAGAAGAUUUUUUUUCAUGUAUUUUGCAUGGAUAAAGGUGAUAAAUUUAUAGUUAUAAUUCUGUGUUUUUGGCAGAUCAUUUAUACAUAGAUAGCAGACUUAGGUCAAAUUCUGGUACCAGAGAGAAUGAUCAAUCUUGGUAGGCAACAUGGCCAUUCAGUUUUCUGUUUGAGGAGUCGUCUCAAUGCGUAUUUUGGAUUGUUUAUGUUUUUCAGCCAUGUUACUCACAUCAGAGCAUUUUAACAAUUUCUGUUUGUUGACAAUAUUGACUAAUAUUACGGUGGAAAGGCAUUUUGCAAGAUUUCCUUAUUCCUCUUCCAUAGCCAAAAGUCUGAUCUAGCCGUUAAGACCUUGCUUAUUCUUAAACUAUACAUUGUCCACAAAAUCCCUUUGGCUUAACGAAUUUGUUAGUUAAUGUAGAUUAUAAGAAUUUGACAUACUAAGAGUUAUGGAUGACUUUGAGCGUAGUUUAAGGAUACAGGGGGGCCACAAACUCAGAACCAACUUUUAUUUCAGCAAGAUUUCAUAGUGUCUCUAGUUAUGGGUACAAAACUGUCUCCUAAGGAAAAUUUCAGUUGAACUGCAAUUCUAAUGCUAUUAAAAAGAUCAUAGAUUAGAAACAUUUUCAAAAUAAUAACAGAUGCAUGAACUCAAAUUAAAAGUAAAAGCCUUCGUAUGGUUAUUAAGAUUCUCUGGGGCUACAGAGAUAAUUUGAUUUGACAUUGAAAUUAGGGCAUCUCGUAAUAUGUUUCCUUGGGAGGGGUAGCUUUGUGACUCCAGUUGCAUAAAAAGUACACAGUGCCACGGUUCCUGGUCGGUGCAGUGCCAUUUUCCUAAAACGGAAGGUCAACCCAACUGAUGUGUUCAGGUGGUCUUCAAAGCCCGUGGCUUCCAAUAAGAAGCCUUUUGGGAACGGCCACCUACAAUAGGAUAGUUAGGCUUAGCUUCUUAUAUUCGAAUCUUACUCGGUAUUACCAUUUGCUGUUUACCUGACUUCAUGUGUAGAAAGAAAGGCUAAAUAAUUUUAUCGCUAGUUGAAUUUCAUUCGUUAAUGUUUGGUUAGUGCCAUGGUAGUUAGCUUGCUUGAAAGAUGUAAUUAAUGAAAUUUAAAAUUUAAAACACGGUUGAACGUAUUUCUAAGUUGAAUUAUAAGAGUAAGAGUUAUUUCAUCAAACUUAUCAACAGAAUCAAACUAUUUUUCACUCCUAUGUGGGAACCACUUUUCUCGUUAAGCCUUUGUGGGGAAGAAGCUUCGAAAUUGUUUUGCCUCAUUUGGCAGUCAGUGAAACAGUGUUGCCGUGUAAGCUCUGGCUGCAGAUGCGGAUGGUAAAUUUCAGUGUUGCCAGAUUAGGUGGUCAUCUCCCAGCAUUGCCAUUUAUUAGAGUUCCUGUACAUGAGCAAGGUAACAAGUUCCUCCUGUCAGAUAUGAAAACAGAGUUCCAUGCACUUUCAUUUUUGCCAUUGAAAGCUCUGUUAUAGUAUUUACAAUUAUUGAUGUUAAAUGAAGAAUCAUUAUGCAAAUCUACAGAUUUUACACUUUGCCUGCUAAAUAGCAGUUCCAGCUAGUUAGCAACUUGCAGAGCGGUUUCAAGUUCCUUAACAAAUACAUAUCAAACAAGUUGAUUAUAUUUUUACAAAAUAAAGUUUCCUAUAGUGUGUAUUUGAGCUAAGUACAAUCACAUACGUUUAACCCCCAGUCCUAAGUAUGCACACUUGUGUGUGUUUUUGAAGCAUUCAUGAUGCAUGCUUGCAUGCAUUUAAUUAAUGAGCACUAUGCACUGUGGUUUUGCAAAGCGCCAGGCAACAUCCGUGAUAUAGUUCCUGUUAUCUCUGUGAUGAUUUUAUCAAAAGUCCUGAAGUGUUAAGAUUGAUAUGAAGUAAUCUUACGCAGUAUUUCAAAUCACGAAUGGCAACAAAAAUGUCAUUACUUCCGAUUCCAUUUUAUUCACAAAACUAAAUAAUAAGGCUUCAUUGUCGCCCUUUUCACAGUUUCUCACUAUCACAUCAGUUCGUUCGAUCUUCAAUACUCAUUGAAAAGUAUUAAUCUUGUUUCUGAUUGAUAUUUCUUAAUUUUCAUGGUUGUCUUAACAUAUUUGGGCAAUACAAGUUUAUUUAAUUUGGAAUAUUUUAAAGUACAACUAGCACUCAUUAUCCAUAUAUGUCAUGUAACAACUAAAUGCAAGUGUUGAUGUACACUUUCUCGGGUUUUUUCCUUCUUUCACACCCGCAUAAAUAAGUUUGUUUAUGGGUAUUCGGAGAUUUCUCCUCAUAGUCCAACUCACUGUUUGACAGAAAAUAAAAAUAAAAAAAAUUGGCGUUUUUAAAAUAAAGUUUCGUUUAUUAGUUUUGCUGGGAGGCUGACCACCUUGCAGGCGUAGGAUAGGCUCGGAGAAAUAAUAAAACUAUUAAAAUGUAGAAGAUAGUUUGUUUUUCUUUUGUAAGAACAUUAUUAUUGUAAAACGCUGCUAAGGAACCGAGAGUAGCGUGAUUUGUUCCUCGUUGUUUCCAAGCAAACAAACAAACAAAUAAAAAAAUUGUGUGCAUGUUGUGAUAUAAUUGUGUGAGUAAUAGAUUUUUUCUUUUUCUCAUAGAAUUCAAAUGCAACUGACGGAAAUGUUCCUAAUAUGCUUUUACCUAUGGGUUGUGUUUAUAUAGUAGGCCCCAUCUAUGACCACGUUUGCUACAAUGAUCGUAUCUGACCUCACUGGUAACACGUUCUUGGUCCUUGAAAAACCUUCUGAAAAAGGUUGGGUUAGGUUAUGUUUUUGAAGAAAAAUGACCAAUUAAUUCUUAAUGUGCUGAAGUCGAUGGUUUGGUGCGAAGAUUUAUGAUGUCAUAGAUCUGGAGCACGUCAUGAGUUGUCAUUAGCUGUAUGAGGGUUAUGGAAUGCUGCAGUGAGCUGCAGACUGGUUUUAGUGGCAUUUUUUUUUUUUUUUUUUUUUUAACAUUAGACUUACGGUAUUUCCCGGUCAUUCAUUGUAUUUGGUAAGGUAAAAACACUCGACUUUGUCCCUAAGUAAUAAUGUGAUACUGCUUUGGAGUUUUAGGGACAAAGCGAGAGUUUAGAGUUUGUAUUUUUUUUUAAAUGGAUAUGUAAACCCCUAAAAGAUCUCUAAAGUGAGCUAGGAUUAUAGGACUUUAUCCUUAUGACGUUGAAUUCUGAUAUGAAAUAUGUCAAUAAUUAUAUUGUUCUUUGUUAAUGAAUUAACUUUUGUGUUGUGGUGGAUUCAACGUCAUAAGGGAUUUGUAUUGUGAUAAGGCUAAGUGAUUAUUAUUUUGUAAUGGUUAAAGGAUGGAUACAUAAGCAUAAAUAAUAUCUUAGCUGCAAUUGAAUGUCUUAUGAUUUAUUCUGUCAAGGUUUGCUUUAAUAGUAAUUCUUUUUGUUUAAAAAACAAAAACUGUCUAUGGAAGUAAAGUCUUGGAGUAUAAGAAGUUUCAUAUGGAAGAUAUUUGUUAUUUAUUUAUUUUUUAUUUAUUUGUUUAUCAAUAUAUAUAACUUACUAUUAUUAUUAUUAUUAUUAUUAUUAUUAUUAUUAUUAUUAUUAUUAUUAUUAUUAUUAUUAUUAUUAUUAUUAUUAUUAUUAUUAUUAUUAUUAAAGUAAAUGUUCAUGCUUUCGUACAUGAACAUUUUAGAUAACCUUUUGCACAUUUAAAGGAUUGGUGUGAUUAAAACUAUAUGUAAAUGUCUAUGUAAUGUACAUUUUUUCUAACUAGGAAAGUGAAUCUACCUCUUUUUUGGGCAUCAAAAAUAACAAAGCAUAUGUUGUACUCUCGUAAAAGACGUCUCUCUCUCUCUCUCUCUCUCUCUCUCUCUCUCUCUCUCUCUCUCUCUCUCUCUCUCUUUUACUACAUUAAUUUUGUUUUCACAAGUUUUCUUUGUUUAGAAAUUUACAAAUUUAACAACAUUCGAUUAAAGUCUACUGUGAUACACAGUACUUUUGUGACUUGAAAGGGGAAGGCAAACAAGAAAAAAUAAUCAAAGCGUUCUGUGUCAGUUAAGUUCAAAGCCAAGGCUUAUAUUUUUCUUCUGAAUAUUUUAAGAUAUUGUCCUAAGGAAACAAAUAGACAAACUUUUCAGACAACAGGUUGAGCAUAUUAAAAGACGGGACGUGUGUGUUGAGAAUGAACUUAAAUGUGUUCCAAGACCAGACACGCCAUAGUUUUAGAAGAAAGUAUGUUUGGAAAGAGUAUGGUGCGUCUGUAAGAAGACCAAACAAUUAGUGGUGAGAAAAAGCCUCCAUUCUCAUCGUUCCAAAAAUAUUCAGGUGUGUUAAGAGUUACAGCGUCUUUCAGGGAUGAUCUGGAAUGGGGUCAUUUCUCUCCAAAGGAAAGGAAUGUACGGAGGAAAGAGAAUAGAAAAAUGGGGCCUAGAUAGUGUUUUCAGUAUCGAUUCAUCUUUUAUUCCAUGCUUUCAUUUUUUCGCUCAGUGAAAGUGGAUACUGCCAGAUUAAUGGAUGUUAGCAGAAUACUGUACAAUGUGUUAUUUUUACUUUGAAAUUAUUUUUCUUUGUACGUCCUUUGGUUGCUGUUGUAUUGGAGAAUGAUACAAAAGACAGUACCCUUGAGUACCAUAGUUUUGAUGGCUAUAUGAUAUUCUGUAUAGAAUUCAGUGCAAACUCAAGUAAUUAACAUGGACUAUCAGAAGUCGUAAGUUCCAGUUACAAAACAAAAGUGAAAAGACAAAUCUGUUUCUAUGCUCUUAGGUAAUCAUUUUCUCAAGAACAUUUCAGCCUAUGUUCCUUUUAAAGCAUCAAUGUCAAUAAAAUGAAAAUUCUUACGAA